UGUUCAGAAGCACAGUGCCGCAUGCUCUGUCCAAACGGAUUCAUGAGGGACCAUAAUGGGUGCGAAAUAUGCAAGUGCAACGAAUGUGAUGGUGUUCUCUGCCGCAUGUAUUGCGCCAAUGGGUUUCAACGAGAUGCGAACGGAUGCGAAAUCUGCCGAUGCAACUGA